AUGGUCAAGAGAUUCCCUACUCCAGUUUUGAAGCCAUACUGGCCAUUCUUUGCCGGUGGUCUAAUCAUGUUCUAUGCUAUCUCCAAGGCUGCUGAUUUGUCUGCUAACUCCCAAGAGUUCAUCAAUGAUCCAAGAAACCCAAGAUUUGCUAGAGGUGAAAAGCCAGUCCAAUUAUAA